GAUUGUUUCGUGAAGUUAGAACGACCCCGAGAGAAUCCAAGCCCACGACUCGGCCCGACGCAACCCACGAUCGUUCAGGUGUAGACUUCGCUCGGCGAUUGCUGAUUCCUCUUGUUCUCCGAAGGCUGCAGGGUUCAGAAUCUCUCCAAGAUGGAAUUUCGCAGUUCCUACAUAUUCUUCAGCCUGUUAAUCAUCCUGCCUCUGGCUAGGUGCGAGGAUACUGGUACGGUACUGUUCGUUGAUAGCUCGUCGCAUCAAUAUCUUCGAUCUCAUUCGCCCGAUGAUGGCUUCGAGCUUAGUUCAAUGUCACUACCAGAAAUUGGUGCUGCUAUAUCAGUCUUGCUUGGUUUUGUGCCACCUUCAACACUUUCAGCUUCUGGUUCAUCUAAGCUGAAUGGCAUUUUGAUGCCAAAUCCGCUUGAUAGGCCUCGUGCAGUUUUAAUGCUUGAAAUUAAAGGAGAAUAUGGUCCUGAAAUUGUAAAUCUAAAAAGUGGCAUAUCCAGCAAUGUCCUUACGAGCAAGGUUCAUGUAGGUUCUGAGAGUGCUGACAUCCAACUUCCUGAUGAAGAUGAAGUCUCUGUUGUUCCUUUGAAUGAACCAUUGACAGAUUAUACCGAUGAAGAUAUUAGAGAAUUUGCAUCUUUUAUUGGUGGAUCAUACAUUGCCGAUGAAUCAAAAACCUUGAACGGAGAGUUGACUGUGCCCUUGACUGAUGCCAUUAAGAUAAAUCUUUAUUUGUCUAAGAUAGAGGACAGAGAAUUUAUAGGUAAUCUUUUGUGUCUCUUUCACAAUAGUAGAAGGGCUGUACACAUUCAUGAGGAUUUGUCACAAAAUGUGCGAAGUCCAGCUGAACUCAUCAGUGGUUCUUUCAAUAGCAUCAAGGCAUUGAAAGAUCAAGAUGAUUCUGAAGGAGAUGCUGAUCACAGAUCAAGACUAUUUAUUGUUACUUUGUCCAAGAUAUUCCACCUACUCCAAGAAGCAUAUGAUGGUCAAAUUGUUGGAGUCAUUCUCUUUUCUGAAUCAUCACCACAAAAGGCAGAGAAAGGAUUAAAUGUGGUGUUUACCCCUCGGCUAGCUCCACGUUGGUUGGUGGAAGACGUCAAACUUAACACGACUAUUCAAGAAGUAAUAUUGGUUAGGACAACCCUUGCCUGGAUCACAGGAAUCAUCCUUUUGAUUGCUACUCUCAUGGGGUCGUGCUGCCUUCUAAGGAUGCCACUCACAAGGGACACCCUCCUCUAUUCUAACGUGAAAUUGGACUAAGAUUGAUUGAAGCAUCCAACUGCAUAGACGCGCGAAACGACUUGUGUCCUUCGUCGAAGCAUUUCGGCACGAGAUUUGUGUAAGUGCCCUUUCAACAAUGUUCUUGUCUACAUUUUGGUGUAGAAAACCUUGGUAUUAUUAAUGGUAGCAAUGGUAUUGUAUGCGCCCUACAGGAUAAUGAUGGAUAUAUAUUGGAUGCAUAACAAGAUGGGUUGUUGUAUAAUAAAGUUAUUUUUGAAAUGAGAUUAAUUUUAUGUAUAUUAUCAAAAGUCACCACUCACAGGGGUCGAUACGCAUCUGUUGACGACGUGGAAGAUUGCGAGAGGUGGUGAUGCAAUUAUUCAACUUUGUUGUACUUUAUUUUUGGUGAACAUGAGUUUUCCCAAGGUUCAAAAUAAAUUCCAUUUUUAGAAUC